GGUAGGCACAGCAGGAUUAUGGCUGGUUUAAUCUCACUAUCUACUUUACAAACCAAUAAUGUGGGUGACAUGAAAGAUAUGAUCAGCAACUUACCAGAUAGCAUUCUUCAUCACAUUCUUGCUUUACUCCCUACCAAAGAUGCUAUACAAACAUCCAUUUUGGCGAAAAGGUGGAAGUACUUGUGGACCUGCUUAUGUGUCUAUGAUUUUAGCAAGUAUCUGGCAAUCACUUCCAUGAACCAAGGACAGGAAUCUGUAAAUUGCCUUUUAGACCAAGUGGACAGACUACUUUAUCAUUCUAAUUGUGUGAAAAGGCUCAGUGUCAUGAUUUAUGUAGAUUGUGGGAUGUGUUAUGGAGUUGACGUUGAUGCGGAUCGAGUUAAUUCUCUUAUAUCUGCUGUAGUGAAGCACAACAUUGAAGAGCUUAAGCUUUCCCUACCUGUGAGGCCUCCAUUUGUUUUACCUAAUUGUUUCUCAGCUUCUGAAUCAUUGACUAAGAUGGUUUUACAUCUGGGUUGUGCUCUAGAUGUUGCUAGCGGCAUUCAUUUUCCUAGCCUAAAGACAUUAAAGCUUGUAUUUGUGAACUUCGCAAAUGAGAAGUCAGCUCAACAACUUUUCUCUGGGUGCCCUGUCCUAGAAAAGUUAAGCUUGUGUAAUUGUAAUUGGGACAACAUCAAGCAAAUCAGCAUAAAAUUUCCCACAUUAAAGACAUUAGUCAUCUCUGGCGCCAGUUCUAGUCGAGGCCAUUUGCUCAAUUCUACAAUUACGGUCGAUGCUGCAAAUCUUUUAUAUUUCAGUUAUAACAGCCAUGUAACAGUAGAAUUUGUCCUUGUUAACCUGGCCUCCAUAGUUGAUGCACAUAUUGAGGUUCCUCAACCCUCAGAAAAUCUAAUUAAACUAUUGAGUGGUCUUGGUAGUAUCAAAUCUCUUAGAUUAUCAAAUGAUAUUCUUGAGGGAUUUGACCCAGAGAUCUGCUUGGAUGGUGAACACUGGAUAUUGAACUCAGUGCCUUUUUGUUUCAAAUAUAGUCUCAAAUUAUUUUCUAUUUCACAUUUUCGUGGGGUUGAAGCUGAAAUCCAGUUGCUAAAGUUUUUGUUAGAAAAUGCCACAGUUUUGGCGGAAAUCCGGAUAUUCUGUUCGAAAAUUUUAUCUGCUGAUUUGAAGAAGCAGGCUGAGAUCAGCAAUCAGUUGCAACUUGUAGGCCUGGGAAGUUGUGUCAUUAAGUUUACAUGAACUUGUUUUACCGGCACUUCACUGGAAGCUGCUAUUUAUGUCCCUGUGAUAACUUGAAAUAGAAUAACACCAUCUGCCUGGGACAAUCUUUGGGGAAAACCGAGAGACUUCCAUCGUUCAGAAGAUGAAGUGAAAGAAAGAGCAAAAAGAGUUGUUGCUGCUGCUAGAAGAUGGAGGGAGUACUCAAGGAAGGGUGUUGACAAGCCUCCCACAUUUAAACUUCCAGAGGCAGCCUCAAGCAAGGACAAGUGACCCCUAUUUGCCUACACAUCUGGUCCCAUGUAAUUAAUUCAUCCAUAGUUUGUCACAUUCCAUAAUUGUAUAUGCAAAAUUCUAAUUUGGGUAAAUAUAACACAUGAUUUAUAAAUUUUAUAAUCUAUACAGGGAUUAAUCA